AUAUUUUGUUCAAGUGAAAACUGGUAAUAACCCAUACUCAUGUAAUUCAACAAUUUAAUCAAUAAUCGGCCACGUCCAGAGGAUAUUUUAGAUACAGCAAUAUCUAAUCUGCUACUGCUAACUGCAUAAAACGUUAUGCCCGAAAAAAUGCAGAUACAUAUGAAGCCGAUUGCAAUAAUUAUUGCCACUUGCUGUAUUAUCGUUACUCUGAUUUGGAGUUAUUCUUCCUAUCAAUCAUUCGACAAAGAUUUUAGACCUUUAACGACUUUUAAGAUAAGUCAAAAUGGUAUUAGCUACUUAAGGUGACAAAAGCCAUUUUACUAAUAUUUCUAUUUUCAAACUUAUCAUUAAAUUUUCUAUGCUCUUUUUGUUACAGUCGUUUAGCUAUUAAUUUGUAACAAAGCUCAAAAUUUAAACAUAUCAACUAAUUUUAUAUAUAUAUAGUAAUAUCGGUUGUCAUACAUAUAAAUUUCUUUGUUAUAACUGAUAUUAGUUUUAAAAUGGCUUACUGUCAUCAUGUCUAGCACUCAAACAAAGUUAUCAGCCGAAGAUUUUAAGAAGACUUGUAUCAGUGGCAAGGAGACAACAGUGCAAAAAUUAGCAGAAAAUAUUUUAGAAUGGGAAAAAUCGAAUAAUCCAGCUUGUAGAAGUUUAAAACUCAAAUUCGAUUUUAUAUUUUCAGUUAACAAAAGAUCUGGGCAUUUAAAAAUUUCAGAUUCAUUCAGACAGAAGCUUCUAUCUUGGUUUAGUAAAAAACCGGAACUAGUUAAUGAAGUUGACACUCAGAAUAUUACUUUUAUAUUCAAUCAGCUCACAAAUGAACAAACUAUCUUUAAUCCUCUUCGAGAUAAGCGACCUGUGAAUAAACCAAAACAAUCUCAAAGACUUUACGUGGAGGACCUCCAGAGCUCUGCAAAAAGUAGCUGUGAUUUUUGUGAGAAUAGAUAUAAGGAAAAUACUGCAAAUGAUAAAAUAGAUCGCUUAGCAAAUAAAUAUGCUUAUACCGCAUCAAACGCCUUUAAAUAUGACGCUUGGCAUUCUUUAGUCAUUUUCAAGCGUCAUCACCCCCUAACGUGGACUCUACCGGAGUUAGUCAGUGUUUUUGACCUAUCUCAGGAGUGGUUUAAUAAAGUUCAUAAAAUUGAACCUAACUACAUAAAUCCGAUAAUUACAUGGGAUUUACUACCUAAAGCGAGUGCCAGUCAAAUUCAUCCCCAUAUGCACGCAACCUUGACUGAUGACGUAUAUUAUGGUAUGCUGGAGGGUUGGUACAAAGCAGCUGACAAAUAUUAUCAGAGAUGGAGAAGCAAUUACUUUGAAGAUUUACUUGAAAUUCAUGACGCUUUGGGUUUAUCCGUUCGCUAUAAAUCAGCUGCAGCGUUUGCGAGUUUAACACCCAAAAAAGAUAAUGAAGUUGUUAUCUUAGCUCAGGAAGCAAAUCAAGACUUUUUUAAAUUAUUUUAUAUGGUAACUAGAACUUUCAUAGAUGAUAUGGAAAAUUUGUGCUUUAGUAGUAUAACAUCUUUCCCAAGCAUGGAUAAAAGAUCUAGCCGGAAUGUUGCCUUUGCUAGAAUCGUUACCAGAGGUACAGUCUUCGAAGUUAGAUCAGAUGUAAGCUCACUAGAAUUAUUUGGAGGUUCCAACGUCAACGUUGAUCCUUUUAGAUUUAUCAAAAAACUAAAAGCCUCGGUGCAGAAGAGAUCCAAUCAAUCUUAA